AUGGAUGAUGAAAAAAAAAAGAAAAAAGGUAAUAAAAUAGAUUUAAAUCUAUUACCUUCUUCAAUGAAAGAACGUUAUGCUGCUAUGGGUAUAUUACCUAAGGCUUAAAUUCCAAAAUCAAAUGUUUAAGUUGAUGUACAAAGAAUGAAACAGAAAAAGAUUGAGAAAGAGUAACCUAUUGAAUAAAAAUUAGAAGGCAUAGAAAUUAAAGCAAGUGAGAAAAAGUAGUUAGAAAAGUAAACUUAAUUGUUAUAUUUAGAGUAUUCUAAAUGCUUAAAAAAAAAGAUGUUGAUUAUUUUGAUGCUAAAGAUGUUGAUAAAAUGCUUCGAUUUUUAGGUGUUUCACUAACUAAAUCUGAAAUUGAUCUUAUGUUAUGGGUAAACUAUAAUAUUUAUAAUAAAAAAUAGGAAGUUGAUGAAAAUCUUGAUGGAAAAGUAAGUUGGACAGAAUUUUUAAAUAUGUACAAAAAAUGUACAAUAGAUAAGACAGGUUUAGAGCCAAAGAGUUUAUUUCAUAUGAUUUAAUUUUUAAUGUAUUUACCACCAGAUAGAAAAGAUCCAAAAGUAACAGUCGAAGUAUAAAAUAUUAAUUUAUAAUAUUAGGAUACAUUAGAAUUAUUAUAUGUUAGAUUUGGAAGGUAAUCUUUGGAUUCUGAAAUUCAUGCUAUUUUUGGAGAUGAGGAGAAAAAUAAAGAUGGUGAAGAGAAGGCUAUUUCAUUUAGUGAAUAUAUGGAGAAAAUUAAUGAGAGAGCAAUUUAAUAAAGAAAACUAAGAAAGGAAGAAUAAAAACAAUAAUUUUAAUACUUCAAAAAAGAAAAGUAAAUUGAAUGA